GAAUUAGUCGUUGAUUAAGUGGUGCAGUGAAAUAAUCCAAAUUCCCCGCAGAGUAUUCUCAACUCUUCCCUAUUGUGAGCUCAGUGUUUAGUGGCGAGAAUUUGUAAAAAGAAAAAUCAAUCACUAUGCAUAAUCAAUUGCAUAGAAUUAGUGCUGUGCUCAGGAUGAGGCAGAAGAUGGCCAAAUUUCAGGAAUUCAGGCAAAUUGCCCGAUCAUUGGCCACAAUUCCUGAACUUUUCCCCAAUAAAACGGAUUUCCCAACACGACAUAUUGGUCCACGUAAGACAGACGUAGUGAUGAUGCUGGAACUUCUAGGCUUCAAGUCCUUGGAUGAAUUAUCAGACAAAGCCGUUCCAAAGGAGAUUCAACUAAACAGACCACUAAUAAUUGAAGAUCCUCUGAACGAACACGAGCUGAUUGAUCGUAUUAGGAGUAUUGCAAAAACCAAUGAGAUUUGGCGCUCAUACAUUGGUUUGGGUUAUCACAACUGCUACGUUCCGCACACAAUUCAGAGGAAUAUCUUUGAGAAUCCCGGCUGGACUACGCAGUACACUCCAUAUCAGCCAGAAGUAGCUCAAGGGCGCCUCGAGUCCUUGCUCAACUACCAAACUAUGGUGGCAGACUUAACAGGACUCGAAGUUGCGAAUGCUUCACUCCUUGAUGAAGGUACAGCAGCUGCUGAAGCUAUGAGCCUGUGUUUGCGGCACAAUAAACGCAUGAAGAUCUACCUGUCUGAUCGUCUUCAUCCUCAAACUAUAUCCGUUGUCAAGACCAGAGCUGUUGCCUUCAAUCAGGAAGUCAUUGUUGGACCUUUAAGUGAAGUUGAUCUGACAAAGAGAGACAUCUCUGGGGUUCUUCUGCAAUAUCCAGACACUUACGGAGAUGUCCAAGACUUUGCUAAACUCUCUGCAACCGCUAAAGCCAACGGGACUCUGGUUGUUGCUGCAACAGACUUGAUGGCUCUUACCCUGCUGAGACCACCUGCAGAGUUUGGAGCUGAUAUUGCAGUUGGUACGUCACAGCGUCUUGGAGUUCCUCUGGGUUACGGAGGGCCACAUGCAGGAUUCUUUGCAUGCAAGCAAACUCUUGUUAGGCUCUUGCCUGGUCGUAUGAUUGGAGUAACACGUGAUAUGGACGGUCAUGAUGCCUACCGCUUAGCCUUGCAGACACGUGAGCAGCACAUCAGGAGAGACAAGGCAACAAGCAAUAUUUGCACAGCUCAGGCUCUACUGGCCAAUAUGUCAGCAAUGUAUGCGAUCUACCAUGGCCCAGAAGGACUUAAGGAGACAAACAGGAUUCACAACGGUGCCAUUACGCUGUAUGAAGGAAUUCGUGCCGCAGGUCACAGGAUCACCAACAACGUCUUCUUCGAUACACUUCACAUCGUUCCUAAUGGCAGCAUGAAUGUGGAUGAAAUAAAAUCCCGCGCUGAGAGUAAAAAGAUAAACCUGCGCUACUUCGACGACGGAUCUGUUAGCAUUGCUCUGGAUGAGACGGUUAAAACUGAAGAUCUCGAGGACUUACUGUGGAUCUUCAAGGCGCAACCUGUUGCUGAAGUCAUUGAUAGGCAAAACAUCAUGGAGAACUCUAUUCACAAUUCACCCUUCAAGCGCACCUCACCAUUCCUUACGCAUCCUGUCUUCAACAAACAUCACAGCGAAUCCCGUAUGGUUAGAUAUAUGAAGCAGUUGGAAAAUAAGGAUAUCUCCUUGGUUCACUCAAUGAUCCCCUUAGGAUCCUGUACGAUGAAGCUUAAUUCAACAACAGAAAUGAUCCCAUGCUCCUUCAGACACUUUACAGAAAUUCAUCCAUUUGCUCCGGUUGAGCAGGCUAAAGGCUACCACAAGAUGUUUGAAGAGCUUGAAAAGGAUCUGUGUGAGAUCACCGGGUAUGACAAGAUUUCCUUCCAACCGAAUUCAGGAGCACAGGGUGAAUAUGCUGGACUUCGAGCAAUUAGGAGCUAUCACGAAUCCAAGGGAGAACAUCACAGGAAUAUCUGCUUAAUCCCUAUCAGUGCUCAUGGAACAAAUCCAGCUUCAGCUCAAAUGGCAGGAAUGAAGGUCCAGGCUAUUAAAGUCUGCAGCGACGGGAGUAUUGAUAUGGUUCAUCUGAAGGAGAAACUUCAGCAGCACAGCAAUAACCUGUCAUGCCUGAUGAUUACAUAUCCCAGCACACAUGGAAUCUUUGAGGAGACAGUUCAUGACAUCUGUCGUCUGGUUCAUCACUACGGUGGACAGGUUUAUUUAGAUGGAGCCAAUAUGAACGCUCAGGUUGGUCUAUGUCGUCCUGGAGACUACGGGAGCGAUGUUUCUCACUUGAACCUUCACAAAACCUUUUGUAUUCCUCACGGUGGAGGAGGACCAGGAAUGGGACCAAUCGGUGUGAAGAAUCACUUGGCUCCAUUCCUUCCGAGUCAUCCAAUCAUUGCCCCAUUCGGCUUCUUAGGAGCUGAUCAGCAGAGCUUUGGAACAGUCAGUGCUGCCCCAUACGGCAGUUCGGCAAUUUUGCCAAUUUCCUGGUCUUACAUCAAACUAAUGGGUGGAAAGGGAUUAAAGCGUGCCACACAGGUGGCCAUUCUCAAUGCAAACUACAUGUCAAAGCGUCUUGAGAAGCACUACAAGACCCUCUACAAGGAUCCCCGUAGUGAUUUGGUUGCCCAUGAAUUUAUUCUCGAUAUUAGGGAUCUCAAGAAGACAGCCGAUAUUGAAGCUGUUGAUAUUGCAAAGCGCCUCAUGGACUACGGUUUUCAUGCUCCAACAAUGUCUUUCCCCGUAGCAGGAACCCUCAUGAUUGAACCAACAGAGUCUGAGGACAGAGAAGAGCUGGAUCGCUUCUGUGAGGCCAUGAUUGGCAUUAGGAAUGAAAUUAAGGAGAUCGAAGAAGGACGCAUGGACAGGCGAAUGAAUCCACUUAAAUUAGCUCCUCAUACUCAACUUCAGGUUGUUUCGAGUAACUGGAACAGGCCGUACACAAGGGAACAGGCUGCCUUCCCAAUUUCUCUUGUGAAGCCAGAUAACAAAAUAUGGCCAACUGUUGGAAGAAUUGAUGACAUUUACGGAGAUAAGCAUUUGGUUUGCACGUGUCCACCUAUGCUACCGGAUUAUUAAACUCACAAAACAUGUAUAAAUAAAAUAUUUUUUUAAUCGUAA